AUGUCACUAUUCGAGAUUGCCAUAAUCUGUGCAUUGUGCGAGGGUUAUGAUGCAGUGAAAGCCAUUCUCGAUGAAGUAUACGAUGGUGACAUCCACAGGAAGGGACAAAAUGACCCAAAGAAUUACACGCUGGGGAAGAUCAGCGCAUUAAACGUGGUAUUGAGUUUACUGCCGAGGAUGGGGAAGAAACACGCCGCCAGUGGAUCCGCGUACUUCCGCACAAGCUUUCCCGACAUCAAGCUGUGCUUCCUAGUGGGUAUCUGUGCUGAAGCACCCCGCAACAAAAGGAAUGAAGAACUCCUUCUCGGUGAUGUUAUAGUCUCGACGGAGCUUGUGCAAUCAGACUUCGGGAGACAAUGGAAAGAUGGAAUCAGCCGAAAGGACACCAUCGGUGAUAACUUGGGCCGGCCAAACAAAGAGAUCCGAGUGUUUUUGGCAGAGCUCCAAACAUGGGAAACCGGAAAGAAACUCAGAGCUGACGCUGUCGCUUCCUUUGUGAAAAUGCUACAAAUCAGAGACGUCUGGCAGAACCCUGGUCGAGAGCAUGAUAUUAUGUUUGACCCUGAUUAUGAACACAAGCAUCAAGUCGAAGGAGAAUGCCACGUUUGCAGUCCCGACGAGACUUGCGAUCUGGCGCGAGGGGCGUCCUGCAAAGACGUGAAAUGUGACACGGUAAAGAUACUGGUGCGUGGUAGUGAUCGGGAGGAUGAACAUCUUUUGAUACACUUCGGUGCAUUCUCAUCCGCCGAUCAAGUCAUUAAAUCCAGCAAACACCGGAACGCAGUGACCGCAGCAGAUGGAGCCAUUGCGUUCGAAAUGCAAGGGGCUGGUGUGUGGGACAACUUCCCCACGAUCAUUGUCAAGUGCGUCUGUGACUACGCUGACAGUCACAAGAACAAGAAGUUCUAA